UACUACGCGAUGAGCUACACGCCCGGUGGGUGGCAGAACGCGUGGCAGGUUCCCUCCUACCCGUACAUCGCGUCCGGUAACGUACCAGGCCAGCAGACACACUACACUCAGGUUCCCUAUCCUCAAUAUCAACCCCCUGCUGUAACCUACCAGCCGCGUCAGAGGACCAAGGUUGCACAAAAACCGCGUUCGCCGACCCCAGAGCCUGAGUUACAUCGACAUUGGGAUGAGGUAAUACGGUCGUUCUUGAAGAAGGUUGGGAUGAAUCAAGCUUUGAGGGGAUUUGAGGAUGAUAUGGUAGUUAUGAAUGCAGACUGGGAAAGGCAGAAGGUUCCUGGUGCUAUUGGAGAUUUAAUGAGGGAUCUUAUGAACUUGGGGAAACCGAAAGGCAACGAAACGCUCCAAGAACGACCACUGGAGGAGCGAAAGCUCGAUUAUGUUCAUCUCUCUGGUAGUGCCAAGCCCCAGUCUCAGACGUCGAUAACAAGGUCAAUAUCCCAAUUCCUCGCGCAAAAUCGCGCGAGGAACGAUGUCUCUAAUCGCACGGAGUUUCUCGAAUCUCUCGCUCAAAAGCGACGGCGGCUAAACCUUGAUCCAGACAGUACCGAGCCUAUACCUUCCUGUGCACGAACAGAUGCAAAGCACCUUGACCGCGACGUGCAGAUGAAAUAUGAUAUUGCGAAGAAUGAAGAUGGACCUCUCCGACGAACCAUGAAAGGUGUUGCCGGCGAUAAAGGCAGGCAGAAAGAGCUUCUCGCGCUACAUGAUGACGCAGAAGGCGAUCAACAACCUGCAACGGACCAACGGGUGAAGAAUAUCGAAGAACAUCUUGCCGUCCGCUACGUCCCUGCUCCACCACGAACGCUCCUGUCCCGCCUCCGACUGCUUGAGGACCAUCUCAUGCAGCUCGAGAAGGAUUAUCCCCCGUGGGCUGCUUUACAUUUCAACCAGCCAAAUCGUGGUUGGCCUCCGCCUCCACGACACACGCCAAUUAUAGUUCCUUCGCACAUAACAACAACAAAGGAGUCUAAGACUGAUACUCCACAACAGGAGCCAUCAUCUUCCAAUCCUACCGAGGAAACGUCACACACGAAAGCCAAGAACAAAAAUAAAUCUAGUUUGCACCGAGCUGUGAUGGAGAAAUUGGAAAUACAAAAGGCGAUGAGUGAUCUUGCAGGA